UAUAUAUAUUGGGUAACAUUCCGGCGAACCAAUCAUGAAGGAGGCGGAGUAUCUCCGGUGGCUCACGGAGGAGACGACGUCGUACAAUGACAUCAUCGGAAUAUUUUUUCCGGCGACGAUGUGGAAGCAGAUGCCGCAUUUCGUCCAAACAUUGCUGCGAAACUAUAUUACCUCCGUCGUUGUCUACUUCCUCCUCUGCUUUCUCUGGUGUUUCUACUUCUACUACUUCAAGUCCAACGUCUAUACACCCAAAGAUUCUAGGAUCCCUUGGAGAAAAUCCGUAAUAAUGUCGCAAAUAAGCGUAUCGAUGAAGGCUAUGCCAUGGAUCUCUACAGUCGCGGCAAUCUCAGAACGUAUGAUAGAGGGUGGGUGGACUAAGUGUUACAUUUCAAUAAGCGAAGUCGGUCCAUUGGCUUACAUAAUGCACGUAUUGAUCCAUGCGAUGUUCGUCGAGUUCUGGUUGUAUUGGACGCACCGAGCCAUGCACGAUAUCAAGCCUCUGUACAAACGCUUCCACUCGGUCCACCACAAGUUCAACAAGGAGGACUCUCUCUCUCCUUUUGCCGGACCAGCAAGUCAUCCUGUGGAGGCAGUAUUAGACGUAGUGCCGUUCAUGGUACUACUCUUCCUCGUCCCAAUGCAUUUCACGACCGAACUGAUCCUUAUGUCACUCAACGGUAUUUGGACAUUGUACACUCACAGUUGCGUUGAUGCCGAGAUUUGGCCGAUCAUGUCCGCAGAUUAUCAUACAUUGCAUCACGUGACACAUCGCUAUAACUACGGGAAUUACACCGUGCUUAUGGAUUGGAUGUUCGGAACCCUUCGUCCCCCCUCAAUCCAUGGAGAUGAGGACAAGGCUAAAUGAUUUUCGCAACUAAUGUAACAUAUGAUAUACCCUUUAUUGCCGUUAUUAUACGAUGAUGAAAGAACAAAAGAACGUUUACAUUG